GUUGAUGGCUCAACAGGUGGCUUUCGCUCCGAAGAAGAAAGGCGAUCUUUUAUUCACCGAAACGCCACGCUUCGUCAGCAAUUGCAUUUGUUGAGUAAAGAGUUGCGUGAAAAGCGCGUCUAUUCCGCUUGGAAUCAAGAGGAUCAACAGUGCGAAGCCAAGUCAGAGGCUGGUGUUGAUAAAUUCCGCACCCUCCGUCAAAUUCGGCAGGGAAAUACCAAAAAGCGCGUUGACGAAUUCGAAUCAAUGUAA